UGGGUGCGGGGGCGAAGGUCCCGUCACCGCCCCUCCGGACGGCGGCGGGGCGGUUCUGGGGCAACCGCGGUCCCGCCCCUCUCGGACUCAGCAAGCCGCCAGUCCCAGUCCGUCUCAGACACCCGAGCUGCGAAGAACACCUGGAGAAACCUGUCCGCUCUGCCACUGUCCCGGGAACGGAGAACUCCACCGCGAUGGAGUGGAAACGACUGGCGUUGCUGUGCUGCGCCGCCACCGGCGUCCUGUUGGCGGUUCUGAGCCAGGUGGAGGGAGCCACGGUCCGGCUGGAGAAAGAUGGCGAGCCCCGUGAUACAGAAAGCACCAAGAAGCGCAUUUUUAUGUCUGAGCCGGCUGCCUCGACCUUUCUGAAACGGCGAACCAGGCGAUCCACCGCGGCUGAGCUGGCGGCGGAAAACCAACAGAGGCUUGCUGCUGACGAGCGAAGGAAGGAAUACCAUGAGGAACAGUUGAAUGAAUGGGAGAAUUAUGUGGAGGAGGUGCAGGAUGAGCAAUAUGAAAGGAAUCGUGAAAGGGUUGAAUCAUGGCGUCAAUGGCAUUAUGAUGGCGUUUAUCCUCCCUAUCAUUACAACGGUUACUAUUAUUAAAAGAAAGUCACAACCUAGCUCCUUGGAGUGAAGGUGUGUGUUAUGGUUUAAGUGAUGUCUAACUAACAGAUGUGUUUUACAGUAAAGUAGGAGAACGACCAAAAUUAUAUUUCAGUUUUAAUGCAAUUGCUUUUAGAAGAUAAACAAAGCUUUGGUAAACACAGUAUCCUUACAUUUUCAAUAAGUUCAGAAAUAUUAAAUAUUUUAUUAAGGAAGUCUAUGUUUUGUGAAAAAAUAUGAAGAACUUGCGAGUAGCGAUUUUUGUAGAGUCAUAGAACAUUACAGCACAGAAACAGAUCCUUCAGCCCAUUUAUUCCAUGCUGAACUAUUGUGCUGCCUAGUCCCAUGCAUCUGCAUCUGGACCAUAGCCCUCCACACCCCUCCCAUCAAUGUACUUGUCUAAACUUUUCUUAAAUGUUGAAAUCAAACCCCAUCCACCUCUUCCACCGGCAGCUCAUUCCACACUUUCACCAGAGUGAAGAAUUUUCCCUUAUGUUCCUCUUAAACAUUUCAUCUUUCACAUUUAACCCAUGACCUACAGUUCUAGUCCCACCCAAUCUUACGGGUAAAAGCCGGUUUGCAUUUACCCUAUCUAUACCCCUCAUAAUUUUGUAUUCCUCUAUCAAAUCUCCCCAUAUUCUCCUAUGAUCCAGGGAAUAAAUUCCCAGCCAGUUCAACCUUUCCCUAUAACUCAGCUCCUCAAGUCCUGGCAUCAUCCUUGUAAAUUUUCUCUGUAUGUACUCUUUCAAUCCUAUUGAUAACUUUCCUGUAGAUAGGUGAUCGAAACUGUUCACAAUACUUCAAAUUAGGCCUUGCCAAUGUCUUAUUCCAUGAAUGAUAUGAGUUUACAAAGGAACUACCAAAAUCAUCCUAUUGAAAUCUUUUCUCUUGGGUUAGAUUUAAACUAAAUCCAUUUUAAAGUCUGUAACAAGCUUGAAACACUGCCAAUUUGUCUUGAAAUAUUUGAGCUGUUUAAUUUUCUUUUUAUAGUAUUAUUUUUCUUUGUGUGUUUAACCCAUACCACAAUUGCAUGUAAAAUAGAAUAAUGUAGCAGAAUAAAUACUAACCCCAUUGUUUUUGUUGGUUUUGACUUUGUCAUAAGUUUAACAUGAAUUAUUAUGGUGGGUUCAGUGUGGUGUAGUGAUAAUUAAAAAUAAUGUUGGUCAUUCUGUUAAUCUAUGAAACUUAAAACAUUUUGUAGUCAGUUCUACAAAGACAAAAGUGCAAUAAAUUGUAAUG